AAGCGCGACCCCUGACCCGUUGACGAACGUCCUGUUUGUGCGCAGCUGCGCGCGCCCGCUGGUCUAUACACACAACACCAGCACGCGACCGCGGGCAGAGGCCGAUCCACGUUGUCUACAAAUCAUGUGCCGAACUGUGGGAAGUCCAAGUUAUGCCUCCCCACUACCUCAGCAUCCUUCCCAGCAGUGAGGGGAAAAAAAGGAGAAGCUAAACAGGCAAAAGUUUUCCUCUGGCUCGCGAAAAGAGGAGUCGACAUGGAUGAAAAAGAGCUGUUUGUGUGAAUAAACGAACAGGACUGGCGAAUAAAACACUCUUCCCACGGUAAAAGAAUGAUAACAUAGCUAGCCCUUUGUGUUGUUUUGUGUGAGAGGACACGAAAACCUCAACUGUGGGAAAGUUUGAAGCAGCGGCUGGCUAUGGCGCGGGAGAGCGAAGACCCGGGGAUGGCCAAAGCUUCAAAAGUUAAAAGGCAAAGAAAGAAGAAAAGCAAGGAGAACAAAACCAGGAUUGUCCACGCAAACAUACUGCACGCUCACGCCAAAGGAGAGGAAAACCCAAACCGACACUAUGCAAACAACAAGAUCAAGACGACCAAAUACACUGUGCUGUCUUUCCUGCCAAAGAAUCUUUUUGAACAGUUUCAUAGAUUUGCCAAUGUUUACUUUGUUUUCAUCGCUUUGCUGAAUUUUGUUCCAGUUGUCAAUGCCUUUCAGCCAGAACUUGCUCUGGCUCCUGUAGUUUUCAUUUUGUCUGUCACUGCCAUCAAAGACUUAUGGGAGGACUACAGGAGACACAGGUCGGAUAAAGAAAUAAAUCACAUGGAUUGUCUGGUCUACAGCAGAGCGGAGGGACGCUACGUGGAGAAGUACUGGAAGGAGGUGCAGGUGGGAGACUUCAUCAGGCUACGAUGUAACGAGAUCCUCCCCGCCGACGUUCUGCUGCUGAGCACCAGUGACCCUGACCGCCUGUGCCACAUCGAGACCGCCACACUGGACGGAGAGACUAACCUCAAGCAGAGGCAGGUCGUCCGCAGCUUCUUUGACCUGGAUUGUGACUUUGACCCCUUGAAGUACAACAGCAUAAUUGAAUGUGAAAAGCCCAACAAUGACCUGAACAGAUUCCGGGGCUACAUAAUCCAUCGAAGUGGCAGAAGAGAUGCACUUUACAAAGAUAAUCUGCUGCUGAGAGGUUGCACCAUCCGCAACACAGAAGAGGCUGUGGGAAUAGUCAUUUACGCAGGUCAUGAGACCAAAGCCAUGCUAAACAACAACGGCCCGCGCUACAAGCGCAGUAAACUGGAGAGACAGAUGAAUGUAGAUGUGUUCUGGUGUGUCAUCAUCCUGCUGGUCAUGUGCCUGUUUGCUGCUGUUGGUCAUGGGCUGUGGAUGUUUCAGUACGGCGAUAAGAGGCCUGUGUUUGACGUUCUUAGUCCAGAGGGGACAGACUUAUCACCGAUCAUGUCAGCUAUUUAUCUCUUCCUUACUAUGAUCAUCGUCUUUCAGGUGCUGAUACCCAUCUCCCUUUUUGUGUCGAUUGAGAUUGUCAAGAUCUGCCAAGUGUACUUCAUCCAUCAGGACAUGGAUCUGUAUGAUGAGGAGACAGACUCUCACCUGCAGUGCAGAGCUCUUAAUAUCACAGAGGAUCUUGGCCAGAUGCAAUACAUCUUCUCUGACAAGACAGGCACGCUGACAGAGAACAAGAUGGUGUUUCGCCGUUGCACUGUGGCAGGGGUGGAGUACUCCCAUGAUGCCAAUGCUAGAAGACUUGCUAUGUACCAGGAGAUGGAUUCUGAGGAAGAAGAAUGUACGUCUCAUGGUGGCACCCUGCCCAGGCGGGACAGUGUGACCAGCCACCAGAGCACCCGGGUGGUGCUACGCUCCCAGAGCACGAAGUCCCACCGCAGGACGGGCAGUAGGGCGGAGGCCAAGCGAGCCAGCAUCCUGUCUAAGCACACGGCCUUCAGCAGCCCCAUGGAGAAAGAUAUCACCCCCGACCCUCAGCUCCUAGACAAAGUCAAUGAAUGCAGCAGUCAGAUGGACUUCAUGCGCUUCCACAGCCAGCCCAUGUCCCAGCUUCCCUCUGAUCUCGCUGACAUCAUAGAUUUCUUCAUCGCUCUCACCAUCUGCAACACGGUGGUGGUGUCUUCGCCCAACCAGCCCAGACAUAAGGUCCGGAUGAGGUUUGAGCUCAAGUCCCCAGUUAAGACCAUUGAGGACUUCAUCAAGCGCUUCACCCCCAGCCGACUGACAUCAGGCUCCAAUAGCAGCAGCUCCUCCAGCCUCAUCACCAACCGCUCCUCCAACAAGGGAUGCUCCAGCAUGCUGUCCUCCCCUUCUGCGGAGAGCACGCUCACCAAACUGGACGAGGAGCAGCCUCCCGGGAGCCUGGAGCACACCUUCAGCCCCAUGCCGCCUUGUUACGACGGGAAGGCGUGGAACGUGGAGGAGGGCGAGCUGCGCUAUGAGGCCGAGUCGCCCGAUGAGGCUGCGCUGGUCUACGCUGCCAAGGCCUACAAGUGCUCCCUCGUCGGACGCCUCCCUGACCAGGUGACCGUGGAGCUGCCACACCUGGGGAAGUUGAGCUUUGAGCUGCUGCACACACUGGGCUUCGACUCCACCAGGAAACGCAUGUCUGUGGUGGUUAGACACCCUCUGACGGAUCAGAUCACUGUCUACACUAAAGGAGCAGACUCUGUCAUCAUGGAUAUCAUCAAACCCCCCGACACAGGAAACUCCAAAGGGAAACGCCAGAAAAAGAUUGUCAACCGGACCCAAAACUACCUGAACCUGUAUGCUGCAGAUGGCCUUCGCACACUGUGCAUUGCAAAAAAGAUUCUGAGCAAAGAGCAAUAUGCCUGCUGGCUGCAGCAUCACCUGGAGGCUGAGACGGCCAUCCAGGGAAGAGAGGAGCUGCUUUUUGAGUCGGCCCUGCGACUGGAGACAAACCUCCAGCUUCUGGGAGCGACGGGCAUUGAGGACCGGCUGCAGGACGGUGUGCCUGAAACCAUAGAUUCUCUGCGGAAGGCCGGCCUGCAGAUUUGGGUGCUGACGGGCGACAAACAGGAGACGGCCGUCAAUAUUGCGUACGCCUGCAAGCUGCUGGACCCUGAGGAGGAGAUCCUGACACUGAAUGCUGAUUCUCAGGAGGCGUGUGCAUUGUUGCUGGAGGAGAGUUUACACUACAUCCAAGCCAAAUUCCUCUGCAGCUCGACAGACCACGCCGCCAAGGCCUUCCACAAUAACUUAGCACCCUUUGAGAUCUAUCCGUCUUCAUCUCCAUCCUCGUCCUCCCAGACCGCACCCUUCAUGGUGCAUCAGCUGGGCCUGGUAAUUGACGGGCGGACCUUGGCCUAUGCCCUGGAUAAGAAUUUGGAGGAUAAGUUCCUGGCGGUGGCGCGGAGCUGCCGCUCCGUUCUCUGCUGCCGCUCCACGCCGCUGCAGAAGAGCAUGGUGGUCAAACUGGUGCGGAACAAGCUGAAGGUCAUGACUCUAGCCAUAGGUGAUGGGGCCAAUGAUGUCAGCAUGAUCCAGGUGGCGGACGUCGGUGUGGGCAUCUCGGGACAGGAGGGCAUGCAGGCGGUGAUGGCAAGUGACUUUGCUCUCCCACGUUUCCGGUAUCUCCAGAAGCUCCUGCUGGUCCACGGACACUGGUGCUACUCCCGACUGGCCAACAUGAUUCUCUAUUUCUUCUACAAGAAUGCCAUGUUUGUAGCGCUUAUCUUCUGGUAUCAGUUCUACUGUGGAUUCUCAGGUUCAGCCAUGAUUGACCAGUGGUAUCUUAUCUUCUUCAACCUGAUGUUCUCCGCCUUCCCGCAACUUAUCACUGGCACUCUGGACAAAGACGUGUCAGCAGAGACUCUCAAACAACUACCUCAGCUCUAUGUGAACGGCCAGAACUCCGAGGAAUAUAAGCCAUAUAUGUUCUGGAUGAACAUGAUUGAUGCCUUCUACCAAAGUCUGGUCUGCUUCUUCAUUCCUUACUUUGCCUACGCUGACUCUGACGUGGAUCUGUUUACAUGGGGAACUCCCAUCACCACCCUCGCAUUACUCACCAUUCUGGUGCACUUGGGCAUUGAGACCAAAACCUGGACCUGGAUGAACUGGUUGUCUAUCGCCUUCAGCAUAGCCUUAUUCUUCACAGUUGCUCUGUGUUACAAUGCCUCCUGUCCCACCUGCUACUCUCCCUCCAACCCCUACUGGACCAUGCAGAGGCUGCUGCCGGACCCCCUCUUCUACCUGCUCUGUGUCGUCACGCCAGUAGCAGCACUGCUGCCCAGAUACUUCUACAGGGCGUGUCAAGGCACGCUGUUUCCCAGCCCAGUCCAAGUUGGACGACAGUUGGAUAAACUCCCCGCUGAAACCCGCAGGAACAUCCUCAGCCUCAGCAGGGUGAAGGUGGGGUCACCGCUCAGCCCCAAGCCUCCCUUCCUGUCCCUCACUAA